AUGCUCCGCCCACAGGAAUCCCAGAAUUCCUCAGUGAAAACAGGAAGAGUGCUUGGUUUAGUUAGCUCAUAGCCGUUUCUCAAUGUCAAGGAUACUUCCUUGGCAGGACUAGUCCUUACAAGUCACUUCCUUCAGAGGCGAGGCGAGGCUCCUUUUAAGCAUUCGGAGAACACGUUAAAUGGAACAGGCUAGCAAGUGCACGUCAUUACGUCAUUACGUGAUUGAAAGGUGUGCUUUCGGUGCUGCGCGCAGAGGAUUGUGGGUGAUUUCAGCGCGUGAAGAGCGCGAAGGAUACAAAUUUGCAUCCUUUCCUGUAUAUGGGAUAUUUGUCGAACGAAGGACUCAGUCCUUGGCUGAAAUUUCGAGGAUCCUCGACAUUGGAACAGUCCUUCGACGGACGUCGAUGACGUAGCAUCCUCGAAAUUCUAGCUUCCGAGGAUCCUUCCUUGACAUUGGGAAACGGCUCUUGUGUUUAUAUCGGACAACAAUCUUUUCACACCCGAAAGAAACACAAUCCCUAUAUUUAAGUAUGUCGUUUAAAAGGGAGGGUGAUGAUCAAAGCCAACUAAAUGUACUAAAGAAACGACGCGUUGCAGAUCUACUCUCAAACUUUAUCCCGGAUGAUGAAGCUGCUUUGAUGAACAAUGGAAGAUACACGUGCCUUGUGUGUUCUCAUCGUCCUGUGCUGGACACUGUUGAUAUGCUUAUGGUACACAGAAAGGGAAAGCGGCAUCUUGAAGGAAUGAAAUGGUUUUACGGCAAGAAGAAUCAAAUGCAACGUGAAAUUGAUAAAAGACGACAUCAAGACUAUGUCAGCGCAGACAGUGAUCGGCAGGAACCUUCUAGUUCGGCUCCUUUACUGACCCAAACACGAAAAAUUACUCAUCAUGCCCUACUCAGAUCUACUCCAUACAGUAGCUGUCACAAAAAGGCCAGUGAACGACCUGAUUCUGAAUCCUCAAGAUGUGGUCAAGAGUACAGAAAUGAUCAAGGCAGAAACUUUACCUCACCAACUAACCAGAACCCUACUUCUGUGAAGACAGCACAUGCUGACACCUUGUCAGCCAUAAGCACAACAAUGUCAUCGAUAGAGCAUCAGGACCAGAAUGAAGAAAGAAGGAAGGUAAAGAGAAACAAACGAUCCAACGCUGUAAACUCCAGCGAGUUUGAGACUCUAUCAGAGCAAAGACAAAAGGAACUAGAGCACUACCUCAAAUUAAAAAGUUCUGGGUGGAUGCAGGACAGAAGUGGUAAAUGGGUAAAAGAUGAAAAUGUGGAGUUUGACUCCGAUGAAGAAGAACCAGCUGUGUUACCUCCCUGCAAUGACUCUUAAUGGCAGAUUCUGCUAAAACGGCUAAAUGUCAGGACUGAAGAUCCAUACCAUUUAGCAACUGCCAAAAAUGCAGCGGGCUACAUUUCAUCUGAACUAUGUGCAGGAUGAUGAUCAUGUCUUGAUGGUCACAGCUCUCAUAUGACAUCUUUUAUGUCCAAGCCUCUAUGACCUACUUUAUAUACAAUGUAUACUGUUUUUUUUUUUAGAAGAAAAGUUUCUUCUCUGCAUUUUGCAGUUUGUAUUAGUACUGUGUACUUAUGUCCUAUAAAUAUUUUUCAUCAAAUAGCGGAUUUGUUGAAUUAAGUGUGGUGGUUGAUUUAUUUUAUAACAAAUUUGCUUAUUUUGCUCUCCCUGCUGGUUUUGUGGCUCAGAAUCUAGAACAGAAUAUAGAACAGCUGCAUUCUGUGGUUCUUUUGCCUAAUGCCAUUAGAGCGAGGUUGACGUAAUGUGACUCCACAUUCAGCAACAGAAAUAAGUGUGAUGUUUAGUCAGCCACAAAAGUGACAGGAACCCACACCCAAAAAAGUUUGAUAGCUUCUAAAGGCCUGUUUCUCAAAAUCUCUAAAAGCACGUUAUGCAAACUUUGUUUUAUGAAAAACUAGAGUAACUGCUGGAGGUUGAAAUCUUGACAGGUGUGCAGCUGUUCCAAAAAUGAACGUAAAUCACCUUGAGCCCCCUCCCUUUCCAGUAAACGGGUAUAUUUGGAUCUUUGUAACUUAAACUCAUGAGACAGGGUUUCAUGACUGGUUGGCUAGUGUGUAUAAAUAGAGUAGGUUAGGAAAUGCGACCAUAGGUUAUUCAAUUGGUCCACUGGUGUUGUGAUUCCAAGUUUGGGACUAAGCAAAGUUGUCACAUUAAUAACUAUAAAUUUCUCUCAUUAUUAAUUUAAUACAUAUACUCAACACAUACAUCAUUGUAGUGUCCAAAUCUACAAGUGAUACAGUAUAUAAAGCAGAUUGAAGGUUUUGUAUUUUAAUAAGACUUUGAAAUCUAAUUAAACAAAAUAGAAUGUAACAUUUUAUUUAAAAUAUUUACAAAAAUGUUAUUGGGAGCACCAUAU